GCGCCGGCGGCCGGGCAGCCUCGCUCUGGCUCGCGCCGCGCCCCCGCGCCCACUCCGCGCGUCAGUCGGUCCCGAGCGCGGCUGCGGGGCGGAGAGCUGCGGACGGCCCAGAGCGCCCACCCGAGGAGGCGGCGGGGUCCGCGGGCGUCACAGGAGGAGGAGGUCGAAGCCUAGAGACUCGUGCAGCGCCAUGGCCCCCAUUGGCCUCAAAGCUGUGGUCGGAGAGAAGAUUAUGCAUGAUGUGAUAAAGAAGGUCAAGAAGAAGGGGGAAUGGAAGGUGCUGGUGGUGGAUCAGUUAAGCAUGAGGAUGCUGUCCUCCUGCUGCAAGAUGACAGACAUCAUGACCGAGGGCAUAACAAUUGUGGAAGAUAUCAACAAGCGCAGAGAGCCGCUCCCCAGCCUGGAGGCUGUGUAUCUCAUCACUCCAUCUGAGAAGUCUGUCCACUCUCUCAUCAGUGACUUUAAGGACCCGCCGACUGCUAAAUACCGGGCUGCACACGUCUUCUUCACUGACUCUUGUCCAGAUGCCCUGUUUAAUGAACUGGUAAAAUCUCGAGCAGCCAAAGUCAUCAAAACUCUGACGGAAAUCAAUAUUGCAUUUCUCCCGUAUGAAUCCCAGGUCUAUUCCUUGGACUCUGCUGACUCUUUCCAAAGCUUCUACAGUCCCCACAAGGCUCAGAUGAAGAAUCCUAUACUGGAGCGCCUGGCAGAGCAGAUUGCAACCCUGUGUGCCACCCUGAAGGAGUACCCGGCUGUGCGGUAUCGGGGGGAAUACAAGGACAAUGCCCUGCUGGCUCAGCUAAUCCAGGACAAGCUCGAUGCCUAUAAAGCUGAUGACCCAACAAUGGGGGAGGGCCCAGACAAGGCACGUUCCCAGCUCCUGAUCCUGGAUCGAGGCUUUGACCCCAGCUCCCCCGUGCUCCAUGAAUUGACUUUUCAGGCUAUGAGUUAUGAUCUGCUGCCUAUCGAAAAUGAUGUAUACAAGUAUGAGACGAGCGGCAUUGGGGAGGCACGGGUGAAGGAGGUGCUCCUAGACGAGGACGACGACCUGUGGAUAGCACUGCGCCACAAGCACAUCGCUGAGGUGUCCCAGGAAGUCACCCGGUCUCUGAAAGAUUUUUCUUCUAGCAAGAGAAUGAAUACUGGAGAGAAGACCACCAUGCGGGACCUGUCCCAGAUGCUGAAGAAGAUGCCUCAGUACCAGAAAGAGCUCAGCAAAUACUCCACCCAUCUGCACCUUGCCGAGGACUGUAUGAAGCAUUACCAAGGGACUGUAGACAAACUCUGCCGAGUGGAGCAGGACCUGGCCAUGGGCACAGAUGCCGAGGGGGAGAAGAUCAAGGACCCCAUGCGAGCCAUCGUCCCCAUUCUGCUGGAUGCCAAUGUCAGCACUUACGACAAAAUCCGCAUCAUCCUUCUCUACAUCUUUUUGAAGAAUGGCAUCACAGAGGAAAACCUGAACAAACUGAUCCAGCAUGCCCAGAUCCCCCCGGAGGACAGUGAGAUCAUCACCAACAUGGCUCACCUCGGCGUGCCCAUUGUCACUGACUCCACACUGCGUCGCCGGAGCAAGCCGGAGCGGAAAGAACGCAUCAGCGAGCAGACAUACCAGCUUUCGCGGUGGACCCCGAUUAUCAAGGACAUCAUGGAGGACACUAUUGAGGACAAACUUGACACCAAGCACUACCCUUAUAUCUCUACCCGUUCCUCUGCCUCCUUCAGUACCACUGCCGUCAGCGCCCGUUAUGGGCACUGGCAUAAGAACAAGGCCCCGGGCGAGUACCGCAGCGGCCCCCGCCUCAUCAUUUUCAUCCUUGGGGGUGUGAGCCUGAAUGAGAUGCGCUGCGCCUACGAGGUGACCCAGGCCAACGGAAAGUGGGAGGUGCUGAUAGGUUCUACUCACAUUCUUACUCCCACCAAAUUUCUCAUGGACCUGAGACACCCCGACUUCAGGGAGUCCUCUAGGGUAUCUUUUGAGGAUCAGGCUCCAACAAUGGAGUGAGAGCCAAAGAAACAAAGAUCCACGCACAUCCUCACCCCACAGAAACUGCUGGACACACUGAAGAAACUGAAUAAAACAGAUGAAGAAAUAAGCAGUUAAAAAAAUAAGUCGCCCCUCCAAAACAUGUCCCCCAUCCCACAGCGCUCCGCAGAUUCCCACCACCACCCGCCUCAGUUCCUUUGCGUCUGUUGCCUCCCCAGCUCUGCACGCCCUGGCCGGCACUGUUGCCACUGCGUUCUCGUGUUCAAUGAUGCCCUCUUCUCGUUUGAAACAAAAGAAAAUAAUGCAUUGUGUUUUUUAAAAAGAGUAUCUUAUAUAUGUAUCCUAAAAAGAAAUUUGUGUGCAGUCAGUGCACGGCAGAAAUUUCUGGACUGUUAGGAUGGAUGGAGACCUUCUCCCUGUUAUUUAAGAUUUGUGACCUUGUACAUAACCCUGCGUGACAUGUACACAUUGCUUGGGUAUGGAAAGGUAGAAGUUUGGGUGUUUUUAAAACCUUGUUUGGGGUUGUUCCUGUCUUUGUUGAGAAUCAUAGAGAUGUCUGUGUUCUUGAAGUAUUUCACACUGAGGAUUAAUCUGUUAUCUUCACUCCAGUCCCUACCCCUCGUGCCUGCUCUCAUCCAAAUAACCCAGGAGGUGACAAUCAGGGGACAUCUCAGGAGGUCUGAGGUGGAACAGACCUCUUUUCCUUUCCCAGCAUCUCAUGCCCCCUGUGGUGCGGCUGUGGGUGGAGGCUGGGGUGUCCACGUGAAGCCAGACCAGUGUCCCCUCCUCCACAACCUGUCUGUACCCCCUCCCCGGCCUGCGUCCACAGUGCUGUGACCCUGAGGGAAGUCCUCGAGUCUAAGUCACAGUACCCUGACAAAUGAGAAGCAAACUCCUGCCGGAAGCCUGCAUGUCUUUGGAAAAGGAAUUAGUCCAGUGCCUGUGGCCCAGGCCCUUCUGUCCCCAGGCCUCACCCCAACAGCUCAUUUUCUGUAGUUAGCUUUAGUUCAAAGCGUCUGGAAUGGAUAAGAACAGAUGGGUUCUGGAGGCCCCUGAGCAAAGGGCUAUGACUGUGGAGAAGGUCCUUGGACCAUUGGACUCACACAGACCUUGUACCGUCUCAGCAAGCAUCUUCAGUCAGAUUAUCCUCAGUUUCAGAUACUUUAUAAUACCUUAUUUUGUGUCAUGUUGGGGUCAUACGUCAUCGUGUUCGUAAGAGAAGAUAGACAUUUUAUUCUCUGUAUAAAACUUAGCUCUAAAGCAAAAACUAAAGCAGCAAACGCAGGAAGGCUGUCUUGCCAUCCUCAAGACUCAGCAGCUUUCAUUCUCCAGCGGUGAGCACACCGUUUGUGCUGCUGCUGUUGUCGUGAAAUAUAACAGUGGAAGUCACAAAAAUGUCCCCUGCCCAGCCCCCUCACCGCCCUUGACCUCCUGCAGGCCAUGUAUGUAUUACUCGUCUAGUGAUGUCCUUGCAAAGUGGUGUACGCGAGCCCAGCGCUGCGGCCUCCCCCCUUUCAGAGCCUGCGCCUCGCCCUCUCCCUCUCCGCUCGCUGCAUCGUGGUGUUCUCUUCUCAAGGCUUUGAAAUCUCCCCUUGCACUGAGAUUAGUUGUCAGAUCUCUCCCCUGCCUCCCUCCCGACUUAGACGACCUGAUUUCCUUAGGACAGAACCGCAGGCCUCUGCGCCGGGCGUCUCACUCCCGCUGCUUGUUCUGUCCCCUCCCUCGGACCAAACAGUGCUCAUGCUUCAGGACCUUGUUUGUCAAAGAUGUUGGUUUCCCUUUCUCUGUUAUUUAUAUAAAAAUAAUAAUUUAUCAAAGGAUAUUUUAAAAAAGCUAGUCUGUCUUGAAACUUGUUUACCUUAAAAUUAUCAGAAUCUCAGUGUUUGAAAGUAUUGAAGCACAAACAUAUAUCAUCUCUGUACCAUUCUGUACUAAAGCAUUUGAGUCUAAUAAAUAAAGAAAUUGGCACCCCUUCCUGGUGUCCAGGGG